AGGGCAAAGAGAAAAAACCAAUUACCCCCAUUUUUCAUAAACCCUAUACAGUAAACCCAGCCUUUCCCUUUUCUCUGUUUCCGAAACCCUAACCUAGCAUUCCAAUGGGCGGAAAGAGGAGGAAGAACGACGACUCGGAUGCGGAAGAAUCAGAAGCAGCGUCCUCCAAGAGGAAGAAGACAGUGGCGACGGAGAAGAAGGACCAGUUACGUCCUUCAAUGAUAAAGAACAAAGAGAAGAGAUCUGAGGUGCACGCGAAGUUGAAGCACCAGAAGAAGCUCGACAAGCGCGCUAAGGCCAAGGCUCGUGAUGCAGCUGUCAAGAAAGCUCUCGAACUCGGUGAAGAGCUUCCGGAGAAGAAGGUCCCUCGCACAAUCGAAAACACUAGGGAGUUCGACGAGACCGUUUGCAAGCCCGACGACGAAGAGUUGUUUGCAGGGAAUGAUGCUGAUGAAUUCAGUUCAAUUUUGCAUCAGCAACAAACUGCCAAGAUAUUAAUCACCACUUGCCGCUUCAAUUCUAGUAGGGGACCUGCGUUUAUAUCGGAGUUGCUAUCUGUUAUACCAAAUGCUCAUUACUAUAAGAGAGGAACAUAUGAUCUAAAAAAGAUUGUAGAAUAUGCAAAGAAUAAGGACUUCACUUCUGUUAUAGUUGUUCACACCAAUCGUAGGGAACCAGAUGCUCUUCUAAUAAUUGGUGUACCUAAUGGGCCCACUGCUCAUUUCAAGCUGUCGAAGCUUGUUUUGCGCAAGGAUAUUAAGAAUCAUGGAACACCAACAAGUCACAAGCCUGAGCUUGUACUGAAUAACUUCACAACACGUCUAGGGUCUCGAAUUGGAAGGUUGAUACAGUCUCUUUUUCCUCAAGAUCCAGAAUUUAAAGGCCGACGAGUAGUCACCUUCCACAACCAGAGAGAUUUUAUUUUCUUCCGGCAUCACCGGUACAUUUUUGAAAAGAAAGAAGUUAAAAAAGCUGAGUCCAAGGGUAAAAAGGACAAAGGUGACAAGAGUGAUAAUGUUCCUGAACAGAAAGUAAUUGCUCGGCUUCAGGAAUGUGGCCCUCGUUUCACCUUGAAGUUGAUUAGCCUGCAGAAUGGAACCUUUGACACAAAGGGUGGGGAAUAUGAGUGGGUUCACAAGGCGGAAAUGGAUACAAGUCGAAGAAGGUUUUUCCUAUGACUUGUUUGGGAGAGUUGCAUUUUGGACAUCAUUUUUGCUGGAAUAGUUAUCUUGCGUCAACUUGUUUUUAGUUAAAUUUGGUGUAUAAUUUAUUUUAUUUUGCUUUAUCUGGGCUAAAGUCCUAUCAUCUUUGUAUACCCGUGAACAAAUCCAAAUCUUUAACUUGAAAUGUAUUGGCGGUUGGGAAAGAGAUAAGGCUUUGAUUCUUUAGCGGUCUCUUUCUAUUGUUCACGGUUUCAUUUCUUUCUACUGUGUUGUAUUAUGAGUUUAUUGAAGUCACAGAAUUGAUUCCA